GGUCCAAACGGCGCAUGUGCACAAUGUUCAAAGUACUUGGGUGAAAUUCAAACGGUGAAUUACUAUAGUCUCAAAAAGCGAGGAAAUUUUCACAAUGUCUCUGCUGUCAACAAAUCCCAACAACCCCAUAGUUUUCUUCGACAUCACCAUUGGAGGGCAGGAUGUUGGACGGAUGAAGGUCGAGCUGUUUGCUGAUGUGGUUCCCAAGACGGCAGAAAAUUUCCGGCAGUUCUGCACUGGAGAGUUCAGGAAGGAUGGAGUCCCCAUUGGUUACAAAGGCUGCACAUUCCACAGGGUGAUCAAAGACUUUAUGAUACAAGGAGGGGACUUUGUAAAUGGUGAUGGUACUGGGAUCUGCAGCAUCUACAGAGGACCAUUUGCAGAUGAAAACUUCAGAAUGAAGCAUUCUGUGCCUGGUCUUCUGUCCAUGGCAAACAGUGGUCCAGGGACAAAUGGUUGUCAGUUUUUCAUUACCUGUACGAAAUGUGACUGGUUAGAUGGGAAGCAUGUUGUUUUUGGAAAAGUGGUUGAUGGUUUGCUGAUCAUGAGAAAAAUAGAGAAUGUCCCUACAGGACCCAACAACAAGCCCAAACUCCCCAUCCUCAUUGCGCAGUGUGGGGAGAUGUGAUCAGCUUUCUCACAACACCAGUGUAAAAACUACACAACCUCUGUAAACAUGAAGCAGUGUCUAAUUGUUGCUUGAUACUCCUCAGCAAAUAUAAACCCACAUAUUUUUCCUGUAUGGAUGCCUUCUCCUAGAAUGCACAUUGUAAAGUUAAAUUGUUAGUAAUUAUUAAUUUGGUUAGUGUAUGAAACAUUCUCAUUCCUCAUUCAAUGUCUCAUUUAUUAUCAAUAAAAUGUUUU